AUGAGACGCGCACAAACCAAGUCGCCGGAUAGUGCAGAGAACGCACAAAACAAAGAGAAUGAAGCAAAGAAUGCAGGUGAAUCUUCCUCAAUGCGCGCAUCGAGUCCCUGGAACCAAUCGCCAGAUCCUCAGGCUGCAGCUGAUGCAGGCCCAACACGACCAACAAGCCCGGGGAAUGGGGUGCCAAAACCGAUCGCGCUACAAUCAAAUGAACAGUGGCUAAUGCGAGUAAAUAGGCAGGGUCUUCCAAUAUGUCGAGAUCUGCACGGUCUUUUCACCACGGUGGUCAUUUCACUCAGUGAUCGAUGGCCAGACUGGCGCUUCCCCCUCGCAUUCGUUUUGCCUGCAGCAAUUCAGCGAAUGCAAGCAUUGCAGUUUGUUCAAAUUGUCCGUGACUCGGCCAACAAUAUGCAAAAUAUGCUAUCACUUAGUCAAACCAAGACGUCAUUCACUAUGAACAGUGACACAGCCUCCCACAUUUGCCAGGCAUUCAUCCGAGCAGGGCUUCUGGAGCGCAUGGCAGGCCAGGAAGACGAAGUUUACACACCUUCGCCAAAAGGUGUGCACUUAAUUGACCGCUUCGUGAUUCGGCAUGGCAUUGCGACGCGCAGCGUGAGCAACCUGUUAAACGUGCACCCCAUUUGUGACAAGUUGUUGUUCAUGGAACGUGAUGAACAGGAUGACGUACUACUCAGUGAUGCAGUUGUGCGGAUUGUGUUUCACCGAAUGGUAGGCUCGUCACCACGGCGCUCAGAGCCGAGUGCAAUGGGCAUGGCACUUACGACGAGCUAUGCGAAAGACAGCGCAGGUCAAAUGUAUGAGACUGCGAGUUUUUCAUCCUUUGAUGCACUCCAAUGGCUUGUCCAGUACACCACGCUUGUCUCUGUGGACGAGGCUAUUGUACUUGCCGCCCAUAUGGUUCGCCUGGGUUGGAUUGAGGCAGAAGCCCUUAUGGAGCCAGCUCUUUCUAACAAUGUGGCCACGGUGCGCGUCGAUGAAUCAUUGCGCGCUGACCAUGCGGCGUGUGAAGGUACAUUUAUUGAAGGCGAAGUAUACCACCUAACGGAGCUCGGUGUCACUAUCGCAUGGAAAGUUGACUGGGUUGAGCAGCCAGCGUCGAUGCCCGCCGAUGAACGUCCACCGACGUCCUUCUUCUUUGGUGAUCGGUCAAAUGAGAUGCGCUCUGUAUCGCCACGUCUCGAGGGCUUCGAAGUGUACGGCUCCUAUGUGCAUGCAAGCCCGACGGAGGCCGAGCCCCGAGACACGGCCAAGGGCGCCACAUCAGCUACAGCACCAUCGGCCACCUCCGUCCCAUCUCCGGCUCCGGGGCCAAAUUUGGACUCAGGUUCAGUCCCUUCUCGCUCACCAAUCCCAGAACCACAACGGAUCGCUAGUCCGCCAUUAGAUCCAGUUGUGCGUAUCCCCAUAACAGAGGUACUGCGUCGUGCUCACGUGCGACGCUCAUUUUAUGCUUUCUUGAAGAGUAUGAGAGGUGACGAAGUCCCGCAGCAUGAAGCAGCGCCAGUGCGGUUCUGGUGUGGUGUUGAGUGGUUUCGCUCCGAUUGUCGUCUCGCUACGUCUGGCACGCUAGCGGACUUGCCUGAUGUCGAUGUUGUGGAUGUGUUGCCUUCUGAUAUGGAUCGCUCUCAACACACAAAACCAGGAACGGACGGGAUGCCAGGACCUAAGAUGCGUGCCAUCCAGCAACCUGUUUUAUCUCGAAGUGCCCAGCUACGCAUGGGCAAUCUCCUUGAAUCACAUGCUCUUGACGAGCACAUAUCAAGCGCCACACGAGACUCUCUCGCUUCAGCGCUGGAUGCAUAUGUCAAAAUGCCAAGUCCAACAGCCGAGCAGGGUCGUGACGGUGGCAGCUCCGUGUCAAGCCAUGAUGCCACGCGUAAGGUUGAGAAAGUUCUGGCGAAUCUCUUGGUCCAUUGUGCUGCAGCGCAGAAAGAGAUCAUGAAGCGGCUAAGCCAAAGCACCCUGUCACAGUACUAUGAUGCAAUGGAUAAUGGUGAUUGGGACCGGCUGUAA